AUGAUUAACUUUACAGCACCAUUGUCCCCUCAAGAGAAGAAGCGACGAACUCUGACGGAUGAUCUGGCCCGUGCAAGGCGAGAUUUGAACGGAGCAAGAGACCGUGCGAGUGGAGAUGUCAACUUUGCUCAGAUCUUCAAACGCAAGUCCAACCGGAAUAACUUGGGUCAGCCAUUCAAGGGCAUUGGUAAGCAAAAGAUUCUUGCAAUGAUUGGUGCUGGCAUCUCUACUGCGAGAGAAAUGAUUGCGUUUAAUGACUACACAGGACAUCCUGACGUGCUACCACAGUGGCGAGAUGUCUUUGUCGAAUACUUCGACAAGCUGCAAGAGAAUGUAAUGGUCUUGGAAGCCAAGGUAGAGUCCAUUCAGAGUGAGCUUGAAGUGUUCCAGAUUGCUGAGGCAAUGUUUCGCAUUGAGGAGGAGGUUGAUCUGGAAGACAAUUCAGACAUGAACGUCACUACGGAGGCCACAGAAGAGGAGAAGCCUCCGGUGUUUUCUGGCAUUUUAGAUCCAUGUGGUUGGAAUCUUCGGUGUGUUUCGAAAUCAACCAUUGAUCGUGUCAUGGCCACCAAUGCAGCUCAUCGAAAGGAAGUCCAAAUGGCCAAGAUGCAGAACAUUCCGGCUUCCGUGCUCAAGAUCGAUUGGAGCUACAAGCUUGCACCAAAGAUCAAGGUUUACACGGGACGUGGCCAAUCGUUCGCCCCAUUCAAGUCAUCCGUGAAUGUGCACAAUGAGAAUGCAAUGUGCAUGUUUUGGAAGUGCUACCCCACAGCAGAAUCGUACGGACCCAAGGGAAUGGGACCUGAUCUCAAGCGAAUGAAGGAGCGAUUGGACCAUUUGGGUUGCAAAGUCAAGCUUGUCUAUGUGGACAAUUGCUGCAGCGUUCGUAACAUGCUGACUGGUCCCGAAGGUAUCUUUCCUGAAGCACUGAUUAAGCUAGAUGGCUGGCACUGGAUGGAAAGGUGGAAGCCUGCCUUGAAUGACGCAAAGAGUACGGAAGCUAUGGUUUUCUGGCACUUGAUUCGGGCGAGCGCAGUACUUCACAGAAGAUGGCGAAAUCGAACGUGCUCUGAAAAAGCUUCAGAAGAAGUACCCGCUGGGUGA